GUGUCGCGCUGACCGUCGGCCGGUCAUAACCUCCGUUUUGGAAGUCGGUUAAAAACAACAAAUAACCUCCUCCGUUCUGGAAGUCGGUUAAAAUGUACAAACUACUGUGUCUUGUGUUGUGUUUCACACCAGUGUUGUGUCAGUUCGGAUUUUUCACGCAGCGGGAUAACCGGCGGGUAACCCCAGCGUCGCCGUUCGGACUUGUCAACGUCAUCCCGGACCCCAGCAGGAUACGGAACACCCUGACCGGGAUACUCCAUUUCCAGCCUGGAAAUGUAGCCAACAACAGGCCAAGCUAUGACAAUGGGCCAAACAACUAUGACAACAGGCCAAACAACUACGACAACUACUACAAUAUCCCAAACAACUAUGACAACUACUACAAUAGGCCAAACAACUAUGACAACUACAACAACAGGCCAAACAACUAUGACAACUACAGCAACAGACCAAACAACUAUGAUAACUACCAAACAAAUCCACCAAGCAACGUCCGAUUCCCCGUAAAUGUUCCCAAUGAUGACGUGAAUUUUGAGCCUCAAACGACGAGUAAUGAGGUGAACCAAAAUCCAGGGUUCGUUUCUGGUUCAGACGGCCAAAAUCCAGGAUUUGUUUCUGGGACAGCUGACGAAAAUCCUGGAUUCGUUUCUGGGCAAGGUCAAGGCUUUAUUUCCGGAUCGGCCGGUGAAAAUCCUGGAUUCGUUUCUGGGCAAGGUCAAGGCUUUAUUUCCGGAUCGGCCGGUGAAAAUCCUGGAUUCGUUUCUGGAACUGUUGGGCAAGAACAAGGCUUUAUUUCCGGGUCGGGCGAUGAAAAUCCUGGUUUCGGUUCUGGGACAGCCGGGCAAGAUCAAGGCUUUAUUUCCGGAUCGGGCGGUGAAAAUCCUGGAUUUGUUUCUGGGACAGCCGGGCAAGAUCAGGGUUUUAUUUCCGGGUCGGCCGGUGAAAAUCCCGGAUUCGUUUCUGGAACUGUCGGGCAAGAUCAAGGCCUUAUUUCUGGAUCAGCGCAAAAUCCCGGAUUCAUUUCCGGAACAGCCGGGCAAGAUCAGGGCCUUAUUUCUGGAUCGGCGCAAAAUCCAGGAUUCGUUUCUGGCACUGUCGGUCAGGACACGACCCAAGAGCCGAGUUAUGGCAAGGACUCCGGAUUUAUUUCCGGCACACAAGGCCUCGAUUCCGGUAACAAGUUUGGCGAAGAAAAUGGCGGCCUCAUCUCCGGGACGGUGGAAACGCCGAAACAGGAGGACGUGGCUUUUGGAAACAGAAAUGCCAUCAAUUCCGGCACUUUGGCAGAUAGCGCUUUCGAGGAUCCAUGUCGGACGGUGGACGGUGCGAAUGGCAACUGCAUACCCCUCACCAGCUGCGAGCCUUACGUGCAACUGAUAAAGACUGCUCGCACCAAUGUCAAGUCUCGCAUGACGCUGCAGCGAUCCCAGUGCGGCUUCGACGGAAGCGUGCCUAAGGUCUGCUGCCCCCUCCCCGGUAUACCGUCGCAGCCGCCGACGGAAGCCACCACCACCACCACUACCACUACUACCACUGCAGCGACAGCGGUUGUGAAGACUGCGGAUGACAGCGACUACGUGUCGGCCUUCCCUGAGCCGCCAGUUUGCGGUGUAUCGGGAGGACAGUUCGGCAAGGUGGUGGGAGGAGUUGAUGCUAAGUUAGGUGACUUCCCCUGGAUCGCGCUGCUGGGUUACACCAACAAGCGCGACCAGUCGACGCGUUGGCGCUGCGGCGGCUCCCUCAUCACGGACAAGCACGUGCUCACCGCCGCCCACUGCAUACAGAACCAUGAGGACGAGCUGUACGUGGUCCGUCUCGGCGAGCUGGACCUGUCCCGGGACGACGACGGCGCGUCCCCCAUCGACGUGCUCAUCAAGCGGCAGAUCAAGCACGAGCAGUACAGCCCCAGCAGCUUCGAGAACGACAUCGCCGUGCUGCUGCUGCAGAACACCGUACAGUUCUCCAAGCUGAUCAAUCCCAUCUGCCUGCCUUUCACCGAUGGGCUUCGUACACAGAAGUUCGAGCGACUCACACCCAUGAUCGCUGGCUGGGGAGACGUGCAGUUCCGUGGACCAUCAGCAACUCACCUGCAAGUCGUCCAAUUACCGGUGCAGACGAACCCCCUCUGCAAGAAGUCAUACGAGAAGUAUCCCAAGCAGGUGAUCGACGAUCGAGUGUUGUGCGCCGGGUACAGGGAGGGGGGUAAGGACGCGUGCCAGGGUGACAGCGGCGGACCGCUCAUGUUGCCACACUGGAACAACGUGACUUUCAAGGUGUUCUUCUACCAAAUUGGCGUGGUCUCCUACGGCAAGAACUGCGCUGAGGCUGGCUUCCCCGGCGUCUACUCCCGACUCACCCACUUCAUACCCUGGCUGGAGAAGGUGGUUCUCGGCAGGAGCUAGGUUAUCAGAAUUCUCAGUGGGUCAGUGUUAGAAUUCUAAUUUAAUAGCUAGACGAUAGAUCAGUGUAAAAUUCUAAUAUUUAUAGUGGCUAUGUUAUACGUAUUAUUAUCAAUUCUAAUUUAAUAUUAUUAUUAUCGAGUGUUGAAAAUUUUUGUAAUAUUUUGAUCUAGCUUCUAGCCUCCUUCCAAUAAAAAUAUGACGCAAAAGAAUAAUUUAGCAUGGAUUAUUAAAACCAUAAUAUUAUAGCUACCUACUGCAUGUCACAUCUCCUUUAUUUAUUUAACUUUAUUUAUAUUUUUGUCACAAACUCACAGGUGUCUCUAGCCGGAAUUAUUUAAAAAUUUUGACAUGUGCUCCCUACAUUGAUAUUAUUAUCUAAUUAAGAAUCUCCAAAUUGUUUAUUUGAAUAUUAGACUGUUUUAGAUUGUAAAAGUUUUAUUUACUUAGUUACAAAGGUUGUAAUUAUUAUGAUGUAUCUUCUACUUUUGUUUUAUACUCAUUUUUGGUUUAGUAAGAUAUUGGUAAUUUACUACAUGAUAAGUUCUAUUUAGUACAUAAAUUGUGUUUUAGAAAUAUUUUAUUCAUGUUUAAUUUAGCUAUGAUCAUUUAAGAAAAUGUAAACCGUGAUAUGUCUUUGGCGUCAAUAAUAUUUCAGAAAUGAAAAAAGUACUCUGAAAGGAUUGUAACUAAUUUUAAAAGUCAAAAAUACUCAAACCGAAAUUAUUUUUUUACUUCUUCCCAGUAUUAUUUCUUAUGUA